AUGGCCCGCUAUGGCGGGCCUUAUAUGCGCUCCUCGUCGCCGUACGUCCACUCGCAUCGGUGCGACUAUGUCGUUGAUCCCGAAAGGCGGAAGGUGUUCUACCGUGCGUCUUCGGUCAGUCCUCCUCCCCCGGCCGCGUACAAGCCACGCUUGAGAAAUGCCGGCGCGAUUGAUUCAUGGGAGGCGUUCGAGGACGUCCUCGACGCCUACGGUAAGGACGCCUUUGGUGGUAUAGUCGAUGCGUACGACGCGGCGACGGCAGCCAGUUCAAGCUCAGUGGAGACGUCAAAGGACUUCUCAUGCUGCGACUACGAUAAUUACAUCUCGGACGAUCGUGAAGAUGAUGGCUAUGAUUCCAUUUGGACUGGUGACGGUGGGGGGUACCCACCACACGUCACCCUGGAGAAGGUGGAGCCCCGCAGUCUGUUUGGCAUGUUGGGUCCCGAGCUCAACAGAGCGGAGUACACAUGGAAGCCCAGCAGCGCAGUCACCAAGCUGCAAACCACCGGGGCAGAUGAUUCUCCGUGCCAAGCGGAAGAUUUUCAGGAGGCCAUUGACAAGCAUGCAUCUGGCAUGACGUACGUGAGACCGCAACUAGGAUUUCUACCCAAGGACACAACGUCCGUGGUUAGCGACACGCACGAGGAUGCCGGACUGCAACUUUCUCAAGGCGAAACUGAAUAUGAGAAACCCAAAAGGUCGCCCGUUCGCAGCCUGUUCGGCACGAUGCGCAGUCUCAGGCGCCGUGCCCAAGACAAAUCGCAAGAAUCUGCAGCCAGCAGAGAAACGUCACAGGGAACACUCCGUCGUUCCGACAGCCGUUUGGGCGAGCGGCUUCGGCAGCGCGCAUCAAGUUUGGGUGGCAAAAAGGACGAUGCCACUCCGUCCGAUAAUGCAACGCGGCGGCUCCGUGCGAAUGUGACCCACCUCGAGGACGUCGAUGCGUCAGCAGCUGAGCUCCUGAGAGGAGUGCUGCCCGGUCGCACGCCGGCGCAGCAUUCACAAGCAGCGCUCAGUAGCACAGUCCCGCCGCCCACGGAUGACGCCCCGCCCGUCUUGGCGAUCCCCAAAUCUCUUCUGCGCAAGGUUUUGCCGCAAGGGCACGACGCCGAUGAUCCAUACGGGUCAAAAGUCGUGGCCAAGGCUGAGGCAUUGGGCGCCGCUAUGGAUGUGGCGAAAAAGCCGAUGCUGCCGCCUGCUUUGGCUGAAGCCUUGGAAAGCGAGGUGAUGCCGGUUGCUGAAGGGCAGGCGCGUAACAUUUUCCGCAUGCGGUACGAUAUACGUCGUGCUCUGGACAGCACAAACAACUUUGUUGGCGCUAAGAAACUGAGAGCUACUGCUGGUCCCGGCUCGGAGCAUCUGCGUGACGCGGUGGGCAGAGGGCAGGAUGUAUCGCAACUAAUCAAAAAGUCGUGGAAGCGUGAUCUACCAUGGGAAACGGUUCCGGAUAUGCCGGAAUUCGUCAUGGGUUUGAAUGCGCCUACUCUAGACGUGGAUGGCAUUGCGUCUGGACAGGAUGAGGAGAUGCCGUCCAACAUCGAGAUCUCGAGGAUGAUCUCGUCGAAGUCGAUUGGACAAGAAGAAGCUGAAUUCGGCAGGAAGAUGACCAUGUUGUGUUCACUAGCUGAGGAUAGCGAUGGCGAUUUGUUCGAGGACAGCGAUGACGACGCAUCGCCCGUGCACGGUGAUGUGGUACGCCCAGGUGAUGUACGGGAGCCGAUGAACAUCGCAGCCGAAUUGAUUGAAGAUUCGGUUGCCGAAGUAAUGCGCUCCUGGCGUCCCGCUACGCAUGGCGCUGGGUCGCUGCGGGAUGCCCUUGAAUCGGCCCCCGAGAUAAAGCCGCCUACGCUGUGGGUGCGGUCAGGGGUAACUGGUGUAACGGAAGAGAUCUUAAUGCCCCGAUUUAUGCGUGGCCCAUUCGCAGAAGUGAACUUUGAGGAAGCCCCUACGCUUUCCCCUACAGCUUCACAUGUUUCAGACGAGGUGAAAUCCGAGAUUGGUUCUGAGUCGCCAGAACAUGUUUCUGUGUCCGCCGCGUCGGCUUCUCGUGCGCCUUCCUUAAAGAGCGAUGAUAGGUCUGUGCGCACUUCCGUUACUGGCAGGACACAACAGGACGAUCACUCACACGCUGGAACAGCCUCCAUUCCAAUGGAUACUGAUGAACCUGUACCAAGCGAUAGUCCUGCAGAUUACGUGUCGAUUGCUAAAACAUCGUCGAGGAGUGUCAGUUGGAUGGCGCCUUCGGUGUUUGAAAGUGAGAUUGACAUUGCCGAUGAGGAAGUGCCUCUCUCUUCGAAGACUUCUUCCAAGCAGCCGUCCAUCUCAAGCUCAAGAACGCCAUCUAGAACCCAGUCAAUAGCUGCAUCGGAGAAAGCUAUGUCUUCUAGAGCUCAAUCGAUGGUAGAAUCCGAGAAAGCUAUGUCUUCCAGAGCCCAAUCAAUGAUCGACUCUGAGGAAGUUCCUUCAUCCAGCGAGGGAACUGUUCCCACACCGCGUCAAGAUGGCCUAGACGCGCCCGAUUUCCAACGGAUCUGGCGCCUGUAUACCCAGCAACCUGGUAAAACGUACACAACCGAAUCCAUGCUGCGGGGCUACAGCGACGGUGCCCUUCUUGCCGCUGGUCGUCGGUCGAUAGCUGUAUCCGAUGACCUGCUGUCGGGAUAUGUCGGCUUAACAAUUCCAGAAAAACGCGAAAGCGAACGUUCUGGCGAGUCGGACGCUGUUAGUCGCGUCGCUAGCAGUGCAAGGACCGGUGUCUCAUCUCGUGUUCCUUCGCCGCAUGUGUCAUCUGAGGAAGUUGCAGAGAUGUCCGAGGUACCUGACGAAGCUCUUCUGUCGCCGCACGAAUCUACUCCAGAAGAUCAGCCGACUUCCAGUUCAGAGGCGGAAGCCGUGUCACGAUUGGGUACCGGGACUGUAUCGGAAACCGCAUUGGAACCUGAGGAUGAGGCUAUGGGCAUCCCAGAAGAACCGGAUGAAAUGGAGACCGCACAGGAAGCUGACACAUACCCAUAUGAACUUGAGGAUGAGUAUAUGGGCAUUCCAGAAGAACCUGCUGAGAUGGAACCCGUACCUGAAGCGGAUACGUCCCCAUCUGAACCUGAGGAUGAGGCUAUGGGCAUCCCAGAAGAACCGGAUGAAAUGGAGGCCGCACAGGAAGCAGACGCAUACCCAUAUGAACUUGAGGAUGAAUAUAUGGGCAUUCCGGAAGAAUCUGCGGAGAUGGAACCCAUAGCUGAAACCUCCCAAUCCGAACUUGAGGAUGAGGAUAUGGACAAACCUGAAGAACCUGCUGAGAUGGAACCCAUAGCUGAAGAGGACGAGCCUAAACCUGAACAUGUGGAUAGCUCUUCGGGUGAACCGGAGGAACCUGCUGAAGUGGAACCAGAAACCGAAGAGCCGGCACCUAAAUCGGAACCUGAAGAUGACAUUUUGGAUGAACCGGAAGAAAAGGCUGAAGCGGAACCCGAAGCCAAAGAGGAGGAAGGUGAUCCAACCGAUAUUCCACCCGUCCCGGAUGAGGAGCCCUCCACCCCUGAAAAACAGGUCGACGAAGGCGACAGCGAUAGCGGCGACGACAAGAAAAAGAAAAAGAAGAAGAAAGACAAGAAAAAGAAAAAGAAGAAGAAGACAAAAUAUAGCGAGGACAACAUCGAGGAUCGGCCUCGCCCGCUCCGCCACUUGGUUGACAAGCAGCUUAAGGAUGGUUUUUCAGCUACUGUAUACAUCGUGACUUCUAAGAAGAACGCCAUAUCGACUUUAUGUACGGUCAGGUUCGACUACGAAAAAGACCGCCUGAUUCUGGAGACUCCGGCAAACGUGUUCGACAUAGACGCAACGCGGGUGGUGGCGGAGGAGAUUCCGACGCUUCCAGGCGCGCCAGUUCUACUAAAACUGACCGUCCACGGCAAGCGGUCGUCUGCCAUUGUUAUACAGAGCACGUCCGAGCGCAACCUGGACGUCCUGGGUGGUACGGUGGGAUGGGCGAACGCCGUCCCACACGCGGGCCAGGAAAUGGAGGCUCAGUUUGACGGCGCCUUACAUGGCGCGCGAGUGGGCGACCCAGAACACGCGCCGGAUGCUACAAACGUGUCUAGGCAGCAUACAGUCGAUGCACUGAUGCCCAAGAGUGCUAGCCAGCGUCUAAGUCAAGACACAGCCAGCACCGGACGGAACCGCACAGAGUCAUCUGACUUCGCCGAACAUCAGGAUGGUGAAGCCCCUUCUCUCCAGAAAGGCGCGUCACCCUCUGCGCAGCCAGCAGACACCGGGACGCAAAAACGAGGCCUACUGUCGAGGAUACUGCUGCGUAAGCGCAUAAACAAGGAGGCGCGGUGA